AUGUGUGAAAUGGAAUUGAUCAAUAUCUCAGCUGAAAUUCACUUACAAGGAAACUUAAGUGUGACGGUAUAUGAUGACAACUUUUUUAGAAUUCUAUCCAUCAAGGCUCUUAUCAUGGUUGGCAUCGUCAUACAGCCUGUAUUUAUCUUUAUUGGUGUUGUUGGCAACUUGAUCAACAUUGUCGUUUUCCUAAAAAUGAGGCUAGUUGACAGCAUAACGCUGUGCUUCUUCUUUCUCUCUUGCUCAGAUCUGUUGUCUCUGCUGUUCCUGUUUGCGCUACGCUUUACCACGGACUUUAUGCCAGAAGAUGUCCGAAUGGACGGGCUGACCAUUGCCUACGUCAUCGUGUUCUAUUACCUGAUGCUUUACGACGUGUCUCAGAUGCUGACGUCGUACAUCGCCCUGCAGAAAUGCUGCUGUGUGGCGCUACCGUUCACCUUCAAAUCGACCUUCACCCGACUCCGGUCUUCCUUGGUGGUAGCUUGUAUCGCCGUGUCAGCGAUGAUCAUGUACCUGCCCAUCUUUACAGCGCAAGGAAUCCAAGUGAUCUCUGACAACGCCACCACGCGGCUGACACUCUGGACAACGUCAUCCAGAUCCGACGUCAUUCUUGUCAUCAACUUUUGGGGGCUUCUCCUGCCGAGCGUCUGUCAAAUCCUGGUGGUCGCUAGCUUGAUCGUCCUGGCGAGCAGCCUGAGAAGCUCAUCUCAUUUUCACAAGAGCAUCUCCCAGAAGGGCGACGACAAAGUGGCCCCUGAAAGACGCGCGACAAAAAGAGGUAAAGAAACGCAAGCCGUGUACGUGACUUCGUUCGUCGCUCUGAUCUAUGUUCUCUGUAACACGCCCAGGUUGAUGAUCUCCUACGCAAGUCUUAUAGAGCCAGAGUUCAACUUGUUUAAGCUCUAUACUGAGAUAUACAUUGCUCUUAACAUUUUCAGAAACACAAUUGAAGCCAUAAACACGAGCCUGAACAUAUUUGUGUUCCUUAAGUUUAAUAGAAAAUAUCGCAGAACUUUCUUUGUCUUAAGAUGGCGUCAAUAG